ACAAGGGUCCUCUCACAAAAUAUGGAGAGCAGCUACACAAUGGUAACCUGAGACAAAUAAAAAAAGAAAAGAAAAAUGAAAAUACCAAAAAGAAAACUUUUUCUACUAAUCAUUUUUGCGUAUGUGGCAUUUUCACUGUAUGCUGCAUACAAUGUCUUCUUCAGCACCAAAGUAAUCUCCCGUGUUCACCGGGUGGUGAAGAAAGAGACAGUCUCGGGUGGUGUCAGAGAUGGCGGUGGAGCUCCAUUUCUAGCGCGUGAUUGGAAUCCGUGGGAGGACGAACAGGUGGACUACAACUCUGCUCUGACCAAGAAGAGGGAGGCCUUCAAACAACACCUGGCCCGCAUUGACAAGAACAAAGCCACAAGAUACAGGGUACAAAUCUGGGGCAAAGCUGCCAUAGGCAUUUAUCUCUGGGAACAUAUUUUAGAGGGACCCCUCAACCCUACUGACAAGGUCGCACAAUGGAGAGAGGGAGAGUUGCAGUCAGGAAAGAUCGAUUUCAGUUUCUACACUGGUCCUGCUGUGGUCCAGGGUCAUGUCCCUCUGGAUAUGAACAGCCUGGUUCUGGUUCUGAAUGGCCGCGAGCCGCAGAAGGUGUCUUAUUCCACGCGGUGGCUGGAGCAUGUCCAAGCUCUGGUAAAGUCCCGCACAGUGUCACAUGUGGCCGUGGUCCUGCUGGGCAAUGAGCACUGCCACAACGACUUCAUUGGCCCUUACUUAAAGAGGAACGGUGGCUUUGUGGACCUGCUGUUUGUAGUGUACGACAGCCCCUGGGUUAACGACAAGGAUGUGUUCCAGUGGCCUCUGGGUGUCGCCACGUACAGGCAGUUUCCUAUGAUCAGGCCGAAUGCCCAACUGAUUACCUCUAACAGGCCAUACCUCUGUAAUUUCUUGGGAACUGUUUACAAAAAUUCCUCCAGGGAAACUCUCAUGCAGGUGCUGAAAAAAUCUGGUCUGGAAGAGGAAUGCAUCACCAAUGCCAGGGAGAAGUGGCUACCUCAGGAGACAGCAGACAGUCUGAGACAGUAUCAGACCGCUCUGGUCCAGAGCGAGCUCACACUCUGCCCAGUCGGAAUCAACUCAGAGUGCUACCGCAUCUACGAGGCCUGCUCCUAUGGCUCCGUGCCCGUGGUGGAGGAUGUUCUGACACCUGGGAGCUGUGCUGCCGGGUCCAGCUCUCCUCUGCGACUGCUCAAAGCUGCAGGAGCCCCCUUCAUCUUCAUCAGUGACUGGAAAGAACUAGCUGCCAUCUUAGAGAGGGAGCGGGGGAUGAGCCAGGAGCAGAGGGUGGACCGCAGGAGGAGGCUGCUGGAGUGGUACGCCGGCUUCCGUCAGCAGAUGAAGGAGAGGUUCACUGAGGUCCUAGAGGAGAAUUUCUUCAAAAACGUCUGACUGUGGUGCUCAACUAACAACAUUUCAAAAGAUAUACAGGGGUAGACGUUUGAUAUUGGUUUAACUUAUUUUGUGGUCUGUGGAGAUAUGUGACAUACUACUGGCUUUGUGAACCUGAUGAUGUUCCGUGGUAUAUUCCUGUCAGGGUUAUUAUAAAAAACAUUUAUGUAUAUUGUAAAGCUGCCAUUACUAGUUGGUAAAGGGCUCCAUGACUUUGUUUGGGUUUAUUUAUCAUCUUAAUGUUUACAAUGGAGGAAUGUCCAGGCAUUUAGAAACACUAAAUCUUAAACUGCCUUUGCAUUUUGUCCAUAUACCGUUUCAACCAUGUUUUAUAUCUGUUUGUAUGCAUUUAAUAUUGUGAUUUUUAAGAAACACUUAACAUUUGGAGUAGAAUGAAAUGACUAUGCCUUGUUUUUAGAGUUAUUAUUUUUGUAAUGUGAGUAGGGCUGGGCGAUUAUUCAAUAUAAUCAUUUAUCGUCUUUCAAUAGAAUCAUGUUGUGAUGAAAUCCUUUAUAUCGUGUUGUAUCAGAUAUUGUGAUACGGAAUUCCGUAGUCUAUAUUGAUAACAAGCACAUACUAACUCAAAAUGAUCCGAAAAUCUGAUAUGAAAUAUUUUGGCUGAUAUCCUUUGAAGAUUGAGGAUUUGUUUUUAUAUUACACUUUACCACUCAGUUUAAUGCGAUUAACAAGCUGGACUCCAGAUAAAUCAAGCUAUUGUCUUUAUUUGAUUACUCUGAAUUUGUGCCAUGCAUGUUUACAUAAUGGGUCUAUAGGUGGAAAUAUAUAUUUUUAUUAUUUAUUUUAUUUCACUUGUGACCAUUUUUCCUUUUGUUUUUCACUAACUGUCUUAAUUACAUAAGGAACCAAGUUUUAUUUUAUAUAACUAUUCAUUUAUUUAUUGAAUUACCAGAAUACGUGUUAUCAUGUAUAUUGUUAUCAGAUAUGAAAUGACCCAUAUUGUGAUGGAAGGUUUUUGCCAUAUCGUCCAGCCCUAAUUGUGAGUGACUAAAAUAUGGAUGUUGUUUGCUGUGGCAUGUGACAUCUUUCGGGUCAAAACAUAACAAAAUUAUUUAUUUUAUGUUCUAUUUAUUUAAUUGGUGCAACGCAUGGAAUUUUUUAGACAGUGCAAGAAAUUAAAAAUGGAGUGUUAUCCCGAAGAGAAAGAAGUGGA